AUGAUACCCAGUCCUUCAAGCAAGGAGAGAAAACUGUUGAAACCCCAUAACCCUGGAACUUCGCCUGUAAAGAUAUGUCAACCUCCGGUGCGUUCUCCUCUGGUAACACCUACGAAGAGUUACGGUGACAGAUUCAUUCCGAUUCGAAAACCCAGUCAGGAGUGGACUACGCGGUACAACGCCAUAGUUUGUCCAGAACAAGAAUCUCCUGUUAGCUUCAAGCGUCCUACAGCAAAUCGUACUCCAACAACUACAACAACUGUGACAAACAAUAAUGGCAGUCCCAGCUCACAGUACAACCAAAAUCAGAACACUAAUAGUGAAGAAUCACGACAGGAUCAGAUGGUUGUGCGAGCACUGCUUCGCAACGAGUUGCUGCAGGAUAGAAUCGACGAUAUACGAGCAAGUUUUGCCCUUUUUCUUUCAAAAAGAUUGUCGUGCUACAAGGAUCUGGAAACUGAGAAGCCGCCAAGUAGCCCGGCUGGAGGCCUUUUCAGCUACAUAAAGCGAACACCGACUAAAUUGGGAGAUCCUAGUACUUCCCAUAGCUUCGCCUUGUCGCCUUUUUCUGGACCAUUGAGUGAGGACAGUCAGAGGCUUCUGAAAAGUCCUCGGAAACCACAAAGGAAAGUCCCAAAAAACCCGUACAAGGUGUUAGAUGCUCCCGAGCUUCAAGACGACUUUUAUUUGAAUCUAGUCGAUUGGUCUUCGCAAAAUAUGUUGUCUGUGGGUCUGAAUACUUGUGUCUAUCUGUGGAGCGCCUGCAACAGUCAGGUUGUUAAAUUAUGUGAUCUGGUGAAUGAUCAGGACACUGUAACUUCUGUGCAAUGGGCAGACAAAGGCGAACUCCUUGCUGUUGGUACGAAUCGCGGCAUCACUCAGAUUUGGGACGUGCAUAGUCAAAAGAUGACCAUGGAGCUGUCUGGUCAUACGUCACGCGUUGGCUGCUUGGCUUGGAAUGGCGACCUCGUCUGUUCAGGCAGUCGCGAUCGUCACAUUAUCCAACGUGACAUUCGUCAACCACAUAACACAGAAAAGAAAAUGAGCGCACAUCGUCAAGAGGUCUGUGGUCUGAAGUGGUCGCCCGAUAAGCAGUAUCUCGCAUCAGGUGGAAAUGAUAACCAGUUGUUGGUAUGGUCUAUGCGACGUACUGAUCCAAGCCAGGUAUGCAAUGUAGCGUGGUCAAAGCACAGCAGUGAACUUGUGUCGACCCAUGGGUAUUCUCUGAAUCAGACAUUCACAGAACACAGUGCAGCGGUGAAGGCACUUGCAUGGUCACCACAUCAUCAUGGUCUCCUAGUGUCUGGAGGUGGAACUGCUGAUCGUCAUUUGCGAUUCUGGAACACGUUGACCGGUCAGCCGAUGCAAGCUAUCGAUACGGGAAGUCAGGCAAGUACCGCGUGGUCAAAGCACAGCAGUGAACUUGUGUCGACCCAUGGGUAUUCUCUGAAUCAGGUUAUAAUAUGGAAAUAUCCGAGCCUUCAACCGGUGACGAAGCUUUCUGGUCAUCAAUUCCGUGUUUUAUAUUUGGCAAUGUCGCCUGAUGGAGAGUCGAUCGUAACGGGAGCCGGUGACGAAACGUUGCGAUUUUGGCACGUAUUCAGUAAAUCUGGCCAGCAAAGAGCCGCUCGAAGCAAGUUGAAUCUCUUUCACAGUUUGCGAUGA